AACGGUCGAUUGGUAAAACAACGGGCAUACUGGUUGCAAGAUAACUGAACCGCAAAAUAACUUUAGUAAAACUCCUGUUAAGGCUACGAUAAAAUUCAUGCUGCUGAAUAAAUUUCAAAGUAUCGUGAUCUACUCAACAAUUUACUGUGAAGCAUGCCUUCAGGAUCCUCCUUACGGUCUUUCCUGCUGCCCAAAUGCAAGUAUGCAGUUGUUUAAAUUCGCAAUUUUUGCUGCUCUUUGCUCAUUGAGUGCACUUUUCCAUGGAGUGCGUCUGAGUUAGUUCGACUUCUUCCGUUAGCUGCUUCACGACCGCAAUCAUUGCUCGAAUGUCACAUCAAAGACCUGGAAAAGUCAGUCCGGCCACCCCCAAGAAUACGAUGUCGCCUCUUAAUCGUCCUUGUGGACCCCACAUUCCUGAAAAUGAGGAGGCUAUGGAUGUGGAGCUGCUAUCUUUCAACCCAGAUACGGAAGAACAUCAGCUGGACAACUCUCGAUCUCCGAAUUCUGUUAUCUUCAAUCAGGAUGACCAUAUCCGCGCCUGGUUCACUGUGAACUCCGGCACACACAACUCUCCCGGCAGUGGGACUCAUUGCGAACAAACCGGUGAUAUGGAGACUUAUGCGGAUGAAGAUGAAGCCAGUGCAGCUGGUCUCGUGGAAGCCCGUUUUGAAAACGUCUCAAGAUUCAGGUUACCGCAAUGCAAAAGCGACACAAGAAUCUGUGAAGGAGGCACCAUAAUCCGUUGCCUUCCGUGGAAGAUAUUGGCCAUCUUCCACCCCCCAGACACCGGGUCCCUCGGUUUCUUUGUGCAGUGUAAUGCAGAAAGCGAAUCACAGACGUGGAGUUGCUCAGCCAAAGCCACUCUGGUUCUCGCAGCCCAGCGGCCGAAUUGCAAGAACAAGGAGAUGAAAAUUCAGCACACUUUCACUCAUAAAGAAAAUGAUUGGGGAUUCCAAAGUUUUAUUUCUUAUGAUGAAUUGUUCAACCCAGAUCGCGGGUUUAUCGGACCUAAUGAUGAUAUUCUUUUACAAGCACAUGUCAAGGCGGACGCUCCCCAUGGGGCCGAUUGGGAUUCCAAGCGGCACACUGGAUAUGUCGGAUUAAAAAAUCAGGGUGCUACAUGUUACCUGAACUCUUUGCUGCAAGCUCUAUACUGUACCAACAAACUAAGGCGCGCGGUCUUCUUGAUGCCAACCGAAAGUGAUGAUGCUCAAACAAGCGUGCCUUUAGCUCUACAGCGCGUCUUCUAUGAGCUUCAGUUCUCCGAUCGUGCUGUGGGGACGAAGAAACUCACUCGUAGCUUUGGUUGGGCGACACUUGACUCAUUCAUGCAACAUGACGCACAGGAGUUAUGCAGAGUGCUGCUUGACAAUCUUGAGAACAAAAUGAAAGGGACCUCGGUGGAAGACGUUAUUCCUGGGCUGUUUUGCGGUAAGAUGCUCUCUUAUAUCCGUUGCCUCAAUGUAAGAUACGAGUCGAAACGCGAAGAAAACUUCUACGAUAUCCAGUUAAAGGUGAACGGUAAUCGUAACGUAUAUGAUGCCUUCACGGAAUACGUCGCGAAGGAGACGCUCACUCAAGACAACAAAUAUGAUGCGGGCGAAUAUGGUCUCCAAGAGGCCGAGAAGGGUGUCAGUUUCGUGCGCUUUCCUCCUGUGUUGUAUCUGCAACUAAUGCGCUUCCAGUACGAUUUCGCGGCGGACACAAAUGUCAAAAUCAAUGAUCGCUUUGAAUUCCCUUACUCGCUAAACUUGGACAAAUUUCUUCUCAAACCCGAUCCUUCAUCACCCGCUGCCUACUUUUUACAUGCUGUCCUCGUUCACUCCGGAGAUAACCACGGAGGCCAUUAUGUUGUUUACCUCAAUCCUUCUGGGAACGGCGUCUGGUACCAAUUUGAUGAUGAUGUCGUCUCCAGGUGUUCUAGACGAGACGCCAUAUACAUGAACUUCGGUGGCACCGAUGAUCCGGAAAUGCGACCAUGCACCAACGCCUACAUGCUUGUGUACAUCGCCGAAUCGGCUCGGGACGAUGUGCUGUGUCCCGUUCCGACAACCGAUAUUCCUGAAAGCCUCCGUGAACGUUUUCGUGAGGAACAAAAUCUUGAAGAAGCUAAGCGCUUGGACAAAGAGCGUGGACAUUUAUAUAUGGUGGUUUAUUUGUUGUUGGAGGAAGAUUUCUAUGGUUGGCAGGGUCCUGAAUUAUGUGGCCAGGAGUUGUUGCCCAGUAGGAUGCUUCGAGUGCCCAAACAAACCACGCGUGGUCAACUCAUCGAACUUGUUGCUACAGCUUUGAACCACCCCGCGGAUGCUAUCCGUCUCUGGCAUUUUCGUCCGCGUCGCAAGAACGUUCCGAUACACCUGCUAGAGUUAAAUGACAACCCCCUGCAAUUCACUCCGAAGGAUGUACAUAUAUUCUUCGUUCAGUGCGCUCAGCCUUCCGUUUCUUCGCUCACACCUGAUACCGGACCCUUGAUGACACAUGAUGAACUCCAGCAAGUGGACAAACGUCUUUUCUUCCUGAAAUAUUUCGAUCCCAUUUCCUGGACGACCACAUUUUGUGGACACGUUGAGCUAGGAAGUGAUGAGUGCUUGUCAUCAUUGGAACCCAUACUUCGUGAGCGCGCUGGCCUUCCAAAUGGUUGCCCAUUACUCCUAUUCCAGGAUGAUCCAAAGACCUCCGUAUCCGAAAUAGUUCAGCUCAAAGUCCCAAUUUCUAAGCUAUACAAGCGUGAGCAUCAAGGUCAACUCAUUUACUUUCAGGUGGAUUCCUCUCAGAGUGCUAUAAUUCCUACUGCGACUGUUAUCGGUUCACCGGAAAUAGGACGGGAUGCUUUACACGUUCUCACCGAUGAAGAUAACGCCUCCUCACCUUAUCCCGUCCACACAGCAGAGAACGUUGAGGGCUCUGUUGACAAAUCCACUGACGGAAUCAACGGUCUGUUAUCUGCACACCACUCUCUCGGCAAGUCCAACGCAUCAGUCAAAGGGGAACUAACUGAGGCCCUUUCAACCGAUCCUUUCUUCUUGCACCGGCUCGCGACGGUGCCAAGUACCAUUGGCGCAAAAUCAAACUUAUCCGGAGCACGUGUUCAAACUGCGUCUCCUGUGCUCCACGACCAACAGUUAACUUCCCGUGAUCCUUUGUCCAUCUAUGCUUAUUUUUCAAGCUACUUAAGUCAGGUUGAUAUUCUGCUUGUUGAUAAAAUGCGUCCCUCAGACGCUGGAAUACUGCUCCGUGUUGCUGCUGAUCUCACGUACUGGGAGUUUGCCAACCUAGCAGCUGCUCAUCUGUCAACGGAGAGUGACAAGUUACAAUUUUUCCGCUCACAACAAAUUUUGGGUGGGGCGGCAAACGCAGUUACUGCUCCUAUUUCAGCAUCUCCUCUAGGAACUCCUGCUUCUGGUGUUGUGGGCUCUGAUUUGAAUUCCUCUCCGGUUGGUUCUGAUUUGUGUGUCGGUGCGGUGUCUGGCAAUACUUGUGCACCUGUGGACAGUCUUGGUACCGGAGCUUCGGCGACUGGGACCGCUGUAGUUGCCGACCAAAAUCUUACGCCACAGGUGAUCGCAGCACGUGCCUCAGGAUUUCUGAACUGCUCUACGUACACCAGCAACUUGCUUGCAAUUGCCGCUGCUCAAGGCUUAGCUCAGGAACCAUCAGGUGCUGCUAUUCCAUCUACUCACUCCGGCUCCAUGCGUGAUUUUUUGCUACCAUUCUUAAUAUCUCCCGGCAAUACUUCCUGGGCUUCGGAUGCCAGUGGACUAGCUCCCGGUUUUUGUUCGGGUAACACUAGGUUAACCUCAGCUUCCGCUGAUGGCAAUGUACCAGCGCCUGAUCGCUUCCCCGUUCCGCUUAACCAGUUUUGUGGUAUAAAAACCGUUAAUCGUUCUCCACUUGGAACAGUGACUUUUCCACCUCCAAGAAGGAUUUACUACGCUCAUCUAGCUAUUCGCAUAGACGAACUGGAAACUAUGCGCCAAGUUCGCGUCGUAUUUGUUGGCCCCAAGCUAUCGGUCAAGGCAGAGCUUUUGUUAUCCGUCCCCCAAAAUGGUUUGGUGAUUGAUCUUCUGAAAGAAGCUAGUCGCCAUCUUGUGUUACUCCCAGAAGGUUCUGGACAGCUUCGCUUGCUGGAAGUUUCCGCAAAUCGGAUCGUUCAAGAAUUCGCAGCCAAUUUGACGCUUUCCUCCAUACCGCCAUCUACUCUCUUGCCUCAGUCUUGCGUUUCCAGUCCUCCAGUCCACAGUCUACGCAUAGAGGAAAUACCCAUGGAUGAACUUAAUCUAAAAUCGGACGAGGCGAUUGUGUACGUUUCGCACUUUGACAAAGAGCUACAUGAAACCUUCGGCAUUCCCUUCACAGUUCGUAUACGAGACGGGGAACGUUACAGUGCCGUACGCGAGCGUAUAAGACGGCGACUUGAUGUCCCGGAAAAAGAGUUUGAACGGUGGCGCUUCGCAGUCAUGUUUCCAACGGAAGCCACCUACAUUCCGAACGAUGAGGAUCCCUUGGUUCAGACUAAGGUUUUCACUCAGCCAUGCGCGCCUGAAUAUAGGCCAUGGCUUGGCAUUGAGCAUAAGCCUUCCAAACGUCCUCGGUUCGCUCCGAACGAAAAACCCAUCAAGAUACACAACUAAUUUGUCGCAUGCAAUUUGUUGCCUGUCUUUUUCGCGGUAUGUGCUACGGAUCACUCUAAUUCACCUCGCGUACACUUCAGACCGUGGGGGGUUCCCUAUGUUUCAGCCAUUAUUGAUUAAAGGCUAAUCUGCCAUUUUCACUCUACAACCCGUUGGCGUUUCAGCCUGUGAAUAAUCUUCGACUCCAGUCACUUUUCACUCAGUAGCUUUUUGUCAACUCAGCGUUCCUCGUCAUAAUUUUUUUUCUAAAUUCCACAAAUUCACCUGUUUUCAGUCGUGUUAUAUUAUGGUGAAUUCCUUGAUCUUACUGUAUAGCACGAGCCGUGACAGUGACCAUUUCUCACUGUUGGUGUUGAUGUUCUUAACAAACUCCGCUGCUUGCGGCCCACUUUAUCCGUGUCCUCGCUUGCUUGAACGACAUUGAACGCUUUUUUGCACAUUAGCCCCUAAUCCCCCAGUACGACACAGUAAGUUUCCAUCGCCGGCUUUUCAGAUUCCCUUUUUCAUCUUCAUCGACUCACAUCGAAGUUCAUUCGAUCCCCGUUGUUCUGUUGGUUGUUGCUGCUCACCUGCGUGAUACGAUUGCUUUGCGUGCUCUGCUUUCCCUUGUCUCCGUUUGUUCUAUCGAUCGACACAAGCCAUUUUUCGCCAAAAGAAAUGGAAUCAAAUUCAACAGCUUGUUGCUGACCCUGCUUGCGAAUCUUGAAUAAAUUGCUUUGCGAUGGUGUUUGGUUGCUUCGUUACAACUAC